UUCACUUUGCGCAGAUACUGACCCGUCUUUGGCUUUCCGGCCGAAAUUUGAACGAAAACACAACUUAAAGAUUAACUUUAAAACUGCGUUUGAGGGAUUUUGAAGGGCGAAGAUAUUAUUUAGCCUGUUCAACCUUCUCACGUAAACACUAAACAAGAAAACGAAGCGUAAACAACACGUCUAGCUAACUCUGAAGCAACAAUGUUCUGACAUCUGAAGCUAAUUAUCAUCUGCCGACAGGUCCUUUUAGGCUCCCUCUGUUGCCCAGCGGCUCCAGUAGACCUCACACUAUGGAGCGGACUGCACUCAGACAGAGCCAGCUCUGUGGCUCCUGGGAGAUGAAGGAGAGACUUGGGAUGGGAGGUUUUGGACACGUCUACCUGUACCAGCACAUUGAGCUGGGAGACAAGAUCGCUGUGAAACUUUGUCGCCUGGAGCUGAACUCCAAGAACAAAGACCGCUGGAGCAGAGAGAUCCAGAUCAUGAAGAAGCUGAAUCAUGUGAACGUUGUUCAGGCCAGAGAAGUACCGGAGGAGUUGAGCUCCAUUGCUAUAAAUGAUCUACCUCUAUUGGCCAUGGAGUACUGCUCAAGAGGAGACCUACGCAAGGUGUUGAAUAAACCAGAAAACUGUUGUGGGCUAAAGGAAAGUGAAGUCCUCUCGCUGCUUAGUGACAUUGGUUCUGGUAUCCAGUAUCUCCAUGAAAACAAGAUCAUUCACAGAGACCUAAAGCCAGAGAACAUAGUUCUGCAGGAGAUCGGUGGGAAGCUUGUCCAUAAAAUCAUAGAUCUGGGUUACGCCAAAGACCUAGAUCAGGGCAGUCUCUGCACAUCAUUUGUUGGAACUCUCCAGUAUCUGGCUCCAGAGCUGUUUGAGAGUAAACCCUACACUGUAACUGUGGACUACUGGAGUUUUGGGACAGUGAUCUUCGAAUGUACUUGUGGCUUUCGCCCCUUUUUACACCACAUGCAGCCUGUACAGUGGACAAGUAAAGUCAAGAACAAAGGCCCAAAGGACAUCAUGGCAGUAGAGGACAUGAAUGGAGAAGUCAGAUUCUCCACACAUCUCCCAUAUCCCAACAAUCUCAGCAGGCCACUGCUGGAGCCAGUUGAGACUCUACUACAGAUGUUGUUACUGUGGGACCCUGCAAUGCGUGGUGGAGGGCUGGAUCCUGAGAGAAACAAGCCGAACUGCUACACUACUCUUCAGAAUAUUCUCAACACGAAGGUGAUUCAUGUGUUGGACAUGACGUCAGCCCAGUUGCACUCCUUGGUUUUGGGAGCUGAGGAGAGCUUACACUCCCUGCAGCUUCGUCUGGAGACACACACACAGACACGCAUUUCCCCGCUGAGUCAAGAGCUGCUGCUGGACACGGGAAUCUCCCUCGACCCACGCAGACCACCCGCACACUGUCUUCCAGAUGGAUUGCAAGGCUGGGACAGCUCCAUAGUCUUCCUGUUUGAUAAGAGCCUGACUAAGUACUCUGGACCACUGACUGCCAGACCUCUGCCAGACAGUGUCAACUUUAUAGUCAGGGAGACCAAGACACAGCUUCCACUAUCUGCACUGAGAAAGGUGUGGGGGGAAGCAGUCAGCUAUGUCUGCGGACUGAAAGAGGACUACAUUCGCCUGUACCAGGGACAGAAAUCUGCCAUGCUGAGUCUGCUGCGUUAUAACACCAACCUAACGCGGUACAAGAACCUGCUGUUCUCCCAGUCACAGCAGCUCCGAGCCAAACUGGCUUUCUUUAAGACCAGCAUCCAGCACGACCUUGAGCAGUACACCAAGCAGAGGCACACCGGCAUCUCUUCAGAAAAAAUGUUGAAGACAUGGCAGGAAAAUGAAGAAAAGGCUGAUGGGUUUACAAAGGUUGCAGAUGUGGGGUAUCUGGAUGAAGAGAUUGUUGCUCUACAUUCUGAGAUUGUGGAAUUGCAGAGGAGUCCAUUUGCGAGGAGACAAGGGGAUGUAAUGGAACAGCUUGAGGAAAAGGCUAUUGAACUCUACAAGCAACUAAAAGCUAAGUGCAAAAGUCCUGACCCUCCACAUGGCUACAGUGACAGCUCAGACAUGGUGAAGACCAUACUCCAAACGGUUCAGAACCAGGACAGAGUGCUGAAAGACUUGUACACUCACCUGAGUACAAUUCUGGUGUGUAAGCAGCGCAUCGUUGAUUUGUUCCCUAAGUUGGAGAGGGCUGUAGAGAACAUAAAAACUGCAGAAGCAGCAGUGAUGCAGAUGCAGAUGAAGCGACAGAAAGAGUUCUGGUAUCUCCUCAAGAUUGCCUGUGCCCAGAGCAAUUCUCCAUCGCAGCCACUUAUGCAACGACCCACUGACAGUGAAACUGUUCAUCAAUUACUGGAUGAGAAUCAGCGUUACCUGAAUCAGUUAACUUCUCUGCUGCAAGACGCCACCCAGGAGAUGGACUUCAGUGUUAUGGAUCAGGACUGGAGCUGGACUCAGUACAGAGCAGUGAAAGCUCAACCUCAGAAGCUGUAAAAACUGGCAAAAGUCUCAGUGUUAUGAGUCUAAAAAUAUAUACUGUAAACAAGUGCCUUAUCAGAGUGACACUAUCUGAAAGCUUUGUGAUUCCAUACUGUAUCAUUUAAAUACAUGUGAUGCUGUAUGACAGUAAUGUGUGAAGUACAUAUUGUGGUAAGCUAUUCAUGUUUUAACUUAAAUUUGUAUUAUUGAAUUUUAAAAACUAUAUUGAGCUAUCACCCACACUUAUUUAUUGUACUGGUAUUAUUGUUCAGAAUAAAUCACUGCUGCUAACAAACAAUGCAUGAUGGAAUGUGAGUAAAUUUUGUUACUGUAUGACAUAUAUGAUGUUUUGUCUUUGUUCAAGCAGUUUAAAUGUAAUUUCUUAGAAUGGGUUUGUCUUUUCUCUGCAAGUGUUAAACUGCUGAAGAUAAUAAGUAUCUGGAUAUUUACAUUCACACAGUGGACCAGACAACUGUCUGCACACAUACAGGAAAUUGCUUGUUUAUGAGACCCUGGGUUCAGGAUUCUCUUGGGAGAUGCUGAAACCCAAACAGCAGGGAUGAAGCACAAGCUAACAAGCAUAAAUGAAUAUGUCAAGAAAACGAGUAACAAGAAGCCAAAAGCAUUGUCUCAUAAAGUAUGAGGGAGGCUUAAAGCUUGUUACUGUGUGACUUCUGUAGUACAUUAUCUUUAUUUAAAUAAGGGCAUAUCCUGUCAUAUGUGGAGGAUUUCUUUGUAACCAUGCAAAAUUAAGAUAGUAUGCAAGGCAAUUUUGCAUGUCUUGCUGUUGUUUUACUCAUACACUGUUUUCUGACCUCCAUUAUUAACUCCACACUGCAGAUUGUUAAGAUCUCUUUUUCAGACUGAAACCAUUGUCUGAUUACACCAUUUCACAUUUCAAUCAGUGUGUUUGUAAAGACUAAAUAGUACAUCAAGAGUUAAAUAUCUGCAGUUAAUAGAGACACUGGACAAAUAAUACACCACAGUACUUUUUUUAUCCCAAGUGUCAGUCAGUCAUAGUCUGCUAUAUGUAUUUUGUUGUAAGCUGGUAGAAUUUCACCUUCAUUGUCCCUAUCUAAAAAAUUAGCCAUUUACUCAGUAACAUUUUAGUAGAAAAUGUUGUUGGUUUUACUUACAUAUCAGGAAUAUUAGCACAUUUGAAUAGAAUAUGUUCGAUAAUGGACAACAAUAUGGCCACUUUUGUCAGUUCUUUGUCAUCAACUUGAUAUGCAGCUGUACCGU